AAUCGCCAGCGAUUAUCGGAGCUGAAUUUCAUUCUCGUUUACUGACUGUGAAGAAGAAAGAUGUCAGAAACAACCGCGGUCACGCAGGGGCUGGGCAAUCCUUACAAGAUUGUUGAUCACACCAGGGAGCGAAGAAAGGGCAUCACCGCCUCGUCGCUGAAGGAGCUGAUCAACAUCGCACGCAAUCGACUGUCAUUGCCCGUAGACGCCGAUCUGACGAUCGUUCUUGAACAGGAUGGAACAGAGGUAGAUGAUGAGGAAUAUUUCGCCACAUUAGAAAGGAACACGAGCUUGAUGGUACUGCACGGUGAUCAAAAGUGGAUCGCUGCGGGUGGCAGUAAGACGGCGUCUCGUUACAUCGUCGUGGACGACAUGGAUAACGUUGAUGAUGCUUCAAGAGUCGACAAAAUUCGACGACGGCGAACGCCCAUCGAGCCCCUGGUGUCGUCGUUGCACGGCGACCCGUCGCAUAUCUCGCUCCUGGGAGGAAAUGAUUUGGAAUUACUCAGCGACAUGGAUCCUGACAGUUUAGCUGACAUAGUGCCUGACAGACUUUUCCUCGAACAGCUGAAGGAAGCUUCAGGUAGAUUUUUGGCAGAGAAGCGGCAAGCGCAGGAAUCCAUGGCUCUCCUUCAGAUGUACGCGAGCGGUGGUGAGAUGGAGCGAGCGUAGGCCAUGUGGGGGGUGGGCGCCCUCACAUUAGCAAAUAUGUAUAGAGUGCGACGCCGCAUAUUCUAUAAAGGUCGCCAACUACAACAAACUCUGAUCCUAUUCUGGAAUUGAGCCCAUCGCUGCUAUUUACGCAAAUCGGUAGAGUAACUGAGAACACGAGCGCCUGUCGCUCAAGCUGAAUGCAGCUGUGUCAGCGAGGAGAAUUUCUCGCGUACAAAAAACAUGAAGAAACGCAGAGACACUGUACAGAGAUACUAAAUACGAGUAGUUUACGUUCGCCCAACAAUUUAGUAAUAUCAAUAAUAAUAAUAAUAAUAAUAAUGAUAAUAAUAAUAACAGUAGUAAUAGGUUUCGCGUUUUAGAAAAAAUAGUAGUUCUAAGUUUUUUGUAGAAUUUUUUUAAUCUAUAUACACACGAUUCAGUGGCACAACUAUGCUUUGGCAAUACUUUACAUCCUUAGUGAGCGUAUGGAAUUGCUUUAAUACAACAUAAAUGAAAGAGAUAAUACCUUGCUAUACCGGCAGAAUUAUACAUGUGCAAUUUAGCUACUAAUUGAUCUGAAUAAUACAUAAGAAGGAAAGCCGCGUGGGAAUAACGUUUCGGAGUGUGUAUUCCGUCGCGAUAUUGCCAUAUCAAGUUUUAGCGCAAUGUGUUUCGUUUAUGGGAUUUUUGUACUUAGAUACGUUAUACCGAGAUUUGGUUCAACGAAGUUGAUGGAAUAUUUAAGACUGAAUUUAUAGGGAAAACGAAAACCAUCCCCAUUGAGAUCACCAAUUCAUUGUACACUAACAUUAGCGACGUAAUAGCGACAAAAUAAGUCGAUAUCAGCCCUUUGAUACCAAACAAAAUUGUGCUUUUGUGCAAAUUUGA